AAUAUAAAAAUUAUUUACGACAAAUCUCACAAAUUAAAUGAAAAUAACGAUAAUAGAAAUAAUGAUGAUGAAAAUAACAGAAAGUUGUCUGAAUCUUACUAUGAAAGUGAUCAAAGCAAUAGUAUUGAUGAAGAUUGUGAUGAUGAUAAUGAUAAUUAUAUUGAAUAG